AUGGCUCCUAGAAAGGUAACAAUCAUUGGAUCAGGCAAUUGGGGCUCUGCCAUUGCUAGAAUCGUUGGUUCAACUGCCAAAGCUAAUCCCGAAGAUUAUGAUCCCACCGUUCGUAUGUGGGUUUUUGAAGAACUGGUCAACGGUGAAAAACUCUCUGAAGUGAUUAAUACUAGACAUGAGAACGUGAAGUACUUGCCUGGAAAAAUCCUUCCUGAGAACGUCGUUGCUGUUCCUGAUCUCGUUGAAUCUUGCAUUGAUUCUCAUAUUUUGAUCUUUGUUGUUCCUCAUCAAUUCGUAAAAGGAAUCUGCAAUCAACUCGUUGGCAAGAUUGUGCCUGGAGCUCAAGCUAUUUCCUUGAUCAAGGGUGUCUCCACUGAAAAACAGGGAGGUCUCAAGCUGAUAUCAGAUGAAAUCCGCGAAAUCCUGAAGAUUGAUGUUUCCGUGCUCAUGGGAGCAAAUUUGGCUCCUGAAGUUGCCAAUGACAAUUUCUGUGAAGCUACCAUUGGAUGUAAACAGAAAACUAAUGGCCCCAUCUUGAAGAAGCUUUUCCAUACCGAUCACUUCCGCAUCAAUGUUGUUGAAGAUGCACAUACUGUCGAGUUAUGCGGAGCUUUGAAAAAUGUUGUUGCAUGUGCUGCUGGUUUCACUGACGGCUUAGGCUAUGGUGAUAACACCAAAGCUGCAGUUAUCCGAUUGGGCUUGAUGGAAACUAUCAAAUUCGUUGAGCAUUAUUACCCUGGAUCUAACUUGGGUACAUUCUUCGAAUCAUGUGGUAUUGCUGAUUUAAUCACAACCUGUUACGGAGGCCGAAAUAGGAGAGUUUGCGAAGCAUUUGUGAAAGCUGGUGGAAAGCCAUUAGUAGAAAUUGAGAAGGAGUUAUUAAACGGACAAUCAGCUCAAGGUCCUUUGACUGCUGAGGAAGUUUAUUUGAUGUUGAAGAAAACUAAUGUGGAAGACAAAUUCCCACUCUUUGUUGCCGUUCACAAAAUCUGCCAGGGAGAAAUGAAGCCAACAGAGUUAGUGGAAUGCUUGCGUAGCCACCCUGAACACGAGUAA